AUGACGACUCAUCUUUAUGCUGAUGGAUCAUUUGCAAAAGAGCUUUGGCUUCCAGCUCCAGGAAAUGCGUUUGGUAGCGAGAGAAUUAGUCACCAAAUGCUUGAAGAAGGUCUUCAUUACCCUCAAAUGAACGGGAAAACGGCCAAUCUUAGAAUCAAUUCGAAAGUGGCAGAGAUGCUGGGGAUUCCAGAAUCAAAAGUUUUCAAUACAAUCCAAAAUUAUGGAAAUACGACAGCAGCAACCAUCCCGUUAGGAAUGGAUGAUGCUAUUAAAGCUGGUGUUCUUAAAAAAGGGAUGCUGGUUGCGAGUGCUGCCUUUGGAUCAGGGUUUACCUGGGCAAGUGCAGUUUGGCGCUACUAA